ACUAGACUUCAACAAGUCCCAUUCCUAUAGCCACCAUCUCAACACCUGAUUUCUGUGCAUUACAAAUCAUUAGCCACUGCCACUACAAGAUUUCUGGUGUUCGGAGGCACCAGCAUGGCUUCCGUGGUGAUCUCGCGUAGACUCUCUCCUAAGUCACUAAAACCCUCUCCUCCAUCUAUUUCCUCCCUUUUCAUCUCCCAUAGACCCCAAAACCACACCCUUGAUUCUAAGCCCACUCUUCCUCAACGACCCUUAAACCCUAAUCUCAAUCUCUCUAAUUCCUUGUCAAGCUAUCCUGCUGGUUCCUCCAUUCUUGAACACCAAUCAGAUCCAAAACCCACAAAUCUUACUCUCAAUUUUAUUAGAUCACACUCUUAUUCAGGUACUAAAACCAAAGAUCAUGACUUUAUUCGGUCAACAAUGAAAAACCCUAGAAUUUUCUCUGCACCUAGUAUUGGACAAGCCCAAAAUUCAGUUCAAAACCCUGGUUUCAAGCAAAAGAUUUCUAUUUUUGCAAAAUCCAUGAAUUCAAGUUUGGAUUUUAAGUUAAAAAAUCCUAGAUAUAUUGGGUUAUUGAACCCAAAGCACAGAUAUUUUUCAAGUUCAGGUUCAUCAUCAGAUUCUGAUGAACCCCAAGACCAAAGUGAGUAUCCAAGCCAAAACCCUGAUUUCAAAGACCAAGAAAUUGAGGGUCUAACUGUAGAAAGAGACCUCUCAGCUUUAGCCAAUGAGACCAGAGAGGUUUUAGAAAGGACGAUGAAGAACAUAUAUGGUUUGAGCAGAGCUGUUGCUGUUCUGGGUCUGGUUCAACUUGGACUUGGAGCUUGGAUUUCUUAUGUUACUAAAGCGACACCAAUGACUGAGGUGUCAAUUCAAAGUUUUGUGGCAUUCGGAUUUCCUUUUACGUUGGCAUUUAAGUUGAGGCAAACAUUGAAGCCAAUGCUCUUCUUCAGAAAGAUGGAGGAGCUAGAAAUAAACAGCAGAUCCGUGUUGGGGAAACUCAAACGAGAGAAGAGUAACCGAUGGAAAUUUCUUAUAACAUCAUUCAAAGAACAAACCGGCCAUGCAUUCACUAUAACACAACCGGAAAAAAAAUGGGAUGGAUGCAAAAAGGAUUGGAGGAUAUGGACAAAGUUGAUUUCUGAAACUGGUGUGGGCUGGAGUAGUGAAUUAGGAACAAAUUUAGCUAGCAAUGAGUGGUGGAAAGCAAAACUUCAGGAAAUUAGAGGAGCCAAAAAAUUUAGACAUGUUGGUAUUGAACCGUCUUUGAAGAUUAAAUUUGACAUAAUGUAUUCCAGCAUUGCUGCUAUUGAAGAAUAUGCGUGGGCUCCAUCAUUAGGAGUACUUGGUGGCAAUGAUAUCGAUCCUUUCAUUAACAAGGUCAACAUUGAUGGUACUGAUAUGGAAGAAAGAAGCGAUGAUUCAGAGGAGGAUGAGAUUUCAAAUUUGAAGAAUGACAUGUCUCAAAUGGUUGGCGGGGUGAAUAUGUCGAGCAGCAACAACAUAAAGAGUAGUGGCAAAAGAAAAGAAAGAGAUCCCUCUAAGGUUCGAGGCAGAAAGAAGAAGACAUCUGGAAUUGGUGUCCAGCUGCUGUCACGGUGGGAUCAACUACUUGAGAGUAUGUCGACUAGGAGUAAUUUCACUUCUUUACAUAUGGAUCGGCAAGACUGUAGUAUUCUCGAGGUGAUGGCUGAGCUCUAAUCAAUUCCUGGAGUUUCAAUUAAUGAUGAUUUUCAUGACUUUGCUACGGAGUAUCUGAGUUUAAGAAGGAAAAGAGAAAUGUGGUCUAGUAUGGGUGGUCUUGAAGAGAAGUUGAAAUGGUUGAAGCGAAUGUAUGCACGAAGUAAACGUGCUUAGCUAAUAUGAUAUGAUUUUAUUUUCUAAAGCGUUAAUUUAAUAACUAUGUUAAAGUGCUAGCUAAAUUUAAUGUGUUAUGUUAUUUGACAUGCUUGAUAAUUUAUUUAUACAUGUUUACAUUUGCAGAAUAA